UUUUUUUUAAGCUUUUUAAGUAGAGAAAAUAACGAAGAAAAAUAUAAUCCUCUUUGCUCUUCUCAUUCAAGGGUAGUUUUUUUCGAUAGCUUUAAUCGUUUCCAGCGAUUUUCGUCUCUUUGAUUUUUUAUUAAUCAAUUUAUCGAUCAAUUAUCAAUUCAUCGAAUUUAUCUCGACUCUAUUCACUUCUUAUUUCCUCAUUUUAUAAUUAAUUAAUAACAAUUUGUAAAUGGAAUGUGAAGACGAAUUAUUGCAAUUCGUUUAAUUUCUUCCAAUCAUUAUUCAUCGUCUAAAUUUUUCGAAUAUCGAUCUUAGGUGUAGAUGUUGUAAUUCGUUUAAAUGAAAAUACAAUUUUGAAAACGAAAUGGCAGAAAGAAAAGAAAAGAAAAGAAAAGAAAAUGGCAUUCAUACACGCCUUGACACGAGACUCUUUUCUAGAACACGGCCAAUCGAUGAACUAUAGCAUCGAGGGUUUCGUACUUACGGUAUAAAUUAUUCGUGGUUAUAUAAAAUAAUAAAGUGCCUUUACACACUUGUAUCCUGGAUUAACAGUUAGAACGAAAUGUUCCAAAGUUAAGUUAAACCCGGCCUGUGAGAUGGAGUGAAAUUUUUUCACGUGGAAAAGUGGAAGAGAAAAAAUUCAAAAUCCGUUCGGCAAUCUGAAAAGUUGAAUAGGUGAUAAAAUAAUCCUUACAACACGUUGAGAUCAGAGAGGAGAAGAUGGAAAGGAUGAACGCAUCGAUUAACUCAGGAAACGAUGAAAAGGGCGAAGAACGAUCCAUCGAAGGAUUUCUGGCGGACUCUGUGAUAUUCGUGACCGGGGCAACCGGUUAUUUAGGGAAAGCUAUCGUGGAAAAGUUGCUGCACUCUUGUUCCCGUAUCUCGACAAUCUACAUCCUCAUCCGAUCCAAGAACAACGUAUCCAUCGAACAACGGUUCAAACACCUUUUGGAAAAUUGCUUGUUCGAUGAAAUACGAAAAAAGAAUCCAGAAAUUUUAAACAAGAUCCAUCUGAUAAAAGGGGACAUAACUCUGCCAGACUUAGGCCUAUCCUCGAGCGAUAAAAAUUUAUUAAUAGAAAGAGUGAACAUAGUUUUCCACGUAGCGGCUACAGUGAAAUUCAACGAACCGUUAAAAAAGGCCAUCCAAACGAAUACGGAGAGCCCUUUGUACAUUUUAGAAUUAUGCAAAUCUAUGAAAAAUCUAAUAAGUUGUGUUUACAUUAGCACAGCUUACAGUAAUCCAAAUAUAUCGAUAAUCGAUGAAACGAUAUACGACAUAAAUAUAAAACCUUCUACGAUCAUAGAUAUGUGCAAUGGGCUAAACGAUGAGCUAUUGAGUGUACUGGAAUCUAAGAUUUUAGAGACUUUUCCAAACACGUAUACGUUUACGAAAAAUCUGGCGGAAAAGAUUAUAAUGAUCAAUGGUACAGGUUUACCGAUCGCGAUAGUUAGGCCAAGUAUAAUUUUUUCUGCGGUUAAACAUCCGUUUCCUGGCUGGAUAGACGAUUCGAUUCAAGGAAUUACAGAUUUGACUAUUGGUGCGUGCAGAGGUAUCAUUAGAGUGAUCAAUGGGAAUAAGAAUAAUAAGGCAAACAUAGUGCCUAUUGAUUAUGUGACCGAUACAAUAAUAUGCGUUGCGUGGUAUACAACGAUCCAAUGUGAUAAUACUAUUAAAAUUUAUAAUUGCACGAAUAAUGGGAAUUUUCUUACAUGGGAUAAAUAUACUACAAGUAUAAUAAAAUUUUCGAGAAAAUUAUUAUUCAAAACUAUGAUAUGGUAUCCCAAUCUUAUAGUAGUUAAUAACAGAUAUAUUUUCAAGAUCUUAAUAUUCUUUUUGCAUACACUUCCUGCAUUUGUCUAUGAUAUUUUUGCAAAACUUUUAGGUAAUAAAAUCAGAAUAAUGAAAUACGUAAUGCACAUGAAUAGUAAACUACAUGUGUUAAAAUAUUUCCUUCUCACUGACUUGAAAUUUCAAAAUGAUAAUAUGAUUGAACUUCAGAAAAAUGUAAAAACAUUGAAAGACUGUGAUAAUUUCAUCAUUGAUAUACAAAAUUUAGAUUGGGAUAAAUAUAUAGAAAAAUGUAUAUUAAUAUUAAACACGCAUAAAUAUAUGUCUGUAUCUAAAAAUUCUUUAACUCGAAGUCGAUUAGUGACAUUAUACUGGAUAAAACAAAUAACGGAAUUAUCACUUAUAACUCUUUUAUUCAUAUUUGUAUUAUAUAUUUCAUAAUUUUAACAUUAAAGUUUUUCAAUUAAAAA